GCACAUCAGCUGUUGACAGAGGCGACCUCCAGCUCCAGCUCUCCAGUGGCGUGGUGCCCCUGUCUACUGCCCUGUCCCGUCCCUGUGUUUUAGGUGGAGGAUUCUUAAGCACAUGCCGUUUAUCGAGCGCUGUUCUCGCGAUCUGAUGUUGCCAUGAGUGCCCUGUGUCGGCUCGUCCAGAGGGGGCUUCUGUGCAGCGGCUGGUCGUGUCGUUUUCCUCCCGGGGUUCGCGCACUCAGCUCGGCCAGUGCAGUGAACUUGUCCUAUGAUGUCUUUGAUGGGAAGAAUGAUGGCACUCCCCUGGUGUUUCUUCAUGGACUGUUUGGAAGCAAGUCCAACUUCCACUCCAUUGCCAAGUCACUGGUGCAAAGGACGGGUCGAAAGGUGCUAACAGUUGACGCCCGUAACCAUGGGACCAGCCCACACUGCCCAGAGCUUACGUAUGAGGCGAUGAGUGCAGACCUAAAGCUGCUCCUGUCCCAGCUGAGAAUCGACCGCUGCGUCCUGAUUGGCCACAGCAUGGGAGGCAAGACCGCCAUGAUGACCGCACUGACACAGCCAAGUUUGGUGGAGAGGUUGGUGGUGGUGGACAUCAGCCCCUCUCAGAGCGCCACUCGCACAAACUUUAGGUUCUACAUCCAGGCCAUGCAGGACGUGCAGAUCUCCUCAGACAUCCCGCGCUCCACAGCACGCAGGAUGGCAGAGGACCAGCUCCGAACAUCCGUCAAGGAACACUCUGUGCGCCAGUUUCUGCUCACAAACCUCAUUGAGCUCAAUGGACACUACGCCUGGAGAGUGAAUUUGGACGCCAUCUCUGCCCAUCUCGAGACCCUCCUGAGUUUCCCUUAUUUUGAAACACCCUACGAGGGACCAACGCUUUUUCUGGGAGGGGCCAGUUCUGCCUACAUAAGCUCUGAUGAUUACCCAGAGAUCCAGCGCUUGUUUCCAUAUGCAGAUAUCCAAUACAUCCCAGAUGCUAGCCACUGGAUCCACGCUGACAAACCUCUGGACUUCAUCAGCUCCAUAAUCUCCUUUCUACAGUCUGAGUAACUGCUUCUACUACUGAAACUACUGCUAAUACUACUGUAACUACUACUAAUACCACACAACUAUUUCAGCCUCUGAGAGAAAACUCCUCCAAGAGAUGGGUCCAGUUUGUGUCACUACAGUCUAUCUAUGCUGGACCAAACUUUUAACUUGCAUCAUUUUAGCUGUGUAAAACAUUGUAUUGUUCAGUUUUGUUCAGUUUGUUUUAACAUUGAGUGAUGUUUGUAGAGUAGCUAGAUUUAUAACAUUUCAAUUUGUACAGUGAGUGGCUAUAGUGUAGAAUAAUAUUGUUUUGGUGGUGAUACACUAAUCCAAAGAUUGCAAAGUACUGUUACAGUUAAAAAUAGAUUAGAGGCUCUCUUCUAUGGUUAACUUUGAAAGAGUAGAAAAUGUAUUCAUUUAUAACUUAAAAACCUUUGGGGAAUGCACAUAAAGCUGUUCAUUUAUAGGAGGACAUAUGAUGUGGUGCUGUGGUUGGCAGGUUUAAACUUGGCCAGUGCUGCAAUAUAUUUUGUACAGUGCAUACAGUUUGCUGUAUUUAAGCCGAUGUUCCAUAUUUAUAAAGUUUACAUUAAUUCAUUUGCAGCUCCUGUGAUGAAGUUUUACUUUUAUGCAUUUUAUGGUAAAGCUAAGAGUUGACAUGGUGACAGCAGUGUUGUUGUUGUACAUUUAGUUUCCUGAUGAUUCUCAGGUAACAAAUGGAUCUGAUUGUAAUCCUAUUAUCCAUAAAAACACACGUCAAUAAACUAGAAUAUUGGAGGAAGUCCAAUUGAUUUCUCAAAUUACUUUGAUUUAGUAUACAAAGUAAAAUGGUUCAUGUACUAAUUUCUUUCAUAAUGUUGUAUUAUCAAUUAGGAUAUAGUAAUUAUUGUUGAUGUGGUUUUAUGCCGUAAACCUCCUCUCUACCUUGACAGUAACACAAUUAGAUUGAGAUUCUAUACAAACAAAUAAUAUUAUGCCUAAGUGCAUAGUUUUGUUGCAGUGGCACACUAAAUACGUUCAGUCAGAUAAAUACAGUGAUAAAACAGAACAUUUUGAUGUUGAUAUAUUCUUAUAAAUAGCAUAUUUAGAUUUCUUUUUAUGCCAGAUGCCCUUUCCAUGGCAAGCAGCCAAGCCUAGUCACUGUUUCAAAAAUCAGAAAAUGACCCAAUUGCUCAUCAGGUUAACACCUGAUAAUGAAUUUAUUUAUGCUAUGUACUAAAUCAGAUAUAUUGUCGACUUUAUUUUAAUUACUUAAAUGGUUUCCACAAUUUUCUAAUUUAUUGACCUGCACUGAUAUUUACCUAUACUGUCUGUUCAACAAUGUUUCCUUAUAUUGUUGAUGUCUUUGUAUCCAGUUGGUCUCUUCAUGUUGUUAAAUAUCAAAAUAUCUGUAGCUGUAAUGCCUGUAAUUUAACAGCAAGUAUUAUAUGGCUCUUGUAUAAAUAUAUGCUGCAAAUUAUUCACUCUUGUCUAGAUGUAACUGUGAAAAUAUCAUUCUUUCUUUGUGGAUUUGGGAAGACCAGUGGUAAACUGCCAGUUGUCUUGACCAGGGUGUUGUUGAUGUGUAUGUGCCUCUUUUGUCUAGAUCUUAAAUUUAUAUACAACUUGAUAUAUACACUUUUAUCAUACAAGUAUAGACUUUAUAAUGGCAGCUGGGUUGCCAGAUUUGACAAUCCCCAGCACAUGUAGAGGGCAAUCAGUUUUUAAAUCUGAAGAGAUCUAAAGAUCUGAAAGAUGUUAUUACAUCGUGAGAUAUAAGUAGAUAAGAGAUAGUCAAGUCGUAUGCACAAUAUGAGAUUGUCAAUUGUAUUGCAACAGUGACAUUUGAAUGCCUGUCUCGUUCAAUGGGGCAAGAUUAAUAUUAGAGACUUAUCAAUAGCAUUCUAUCAUUUCUAUUAUAUUACGGUACAUUAUAAAUCUCUUAAUGUAAGUCCAGUCAGUGAAUGUGUUUUUUUGACCAUUUUCAUUUUGUUCAUUGUGCUAAUACUCAAGUGUCAUGUCUAUCAAUGUGUGCAAUGGAUUUUUCUGUACAAGUAGAGUAAAUAAUAUGGAGGUGUAUAAACUGACAGUAUUCAAUAAAUUAUAUUAAAGUAAA